CCUGGAAAAAGAACCAAAAUAGACAUUUUUAAAAACUGAAAUAAAUUAGACAAUCAUUUCUUUUCAUUUAAGAGUCAAUCUGUUAGGAGAAAGAGGAGUCUACACAUCUCCCAACAUAAAAUGCAAAAGCCUAAAUUUUAUGUUGUGUAAUAAUUUCAAGUUCUAAGUUUAAUGAACUAAAUUUUAGUUUUUUUCUUUUUUAAAGACACCAAGUCUGGUGGCAGGUAAAUUCUGCUUUUUCUUUCUUUCUUUCUUCUUACAAUAUUUCAGAUUUUGAAUAGUUGAACUUUCCUUCAAAAUAAUGUCAAAGGACAUAAAAUUAAUAGAAUGUUUAUUUAAAAUUCAUCAGAGAAAUAGUCCACAACAGGUCAAUUUUAGAACAUUCUUCUUUGAUGCUUCGAAUCAGAGUCUUACUACCAUCCCACUGGAGAUCUUAGAACUAAAGGAAUUAGAGGAAGUGCAUUUGGAAAAUAACCAGAUUGAAACAAUUCCCAAGGACAUCCAACAUUUAAAGAAUCUCAGGAUCCUCUACCUGAACAAGAACAACCUAAAGAGCCUGUGCCCGGAACUGGGGAUGCUGAGCAGGCUGGAGGGCCUGGACUUGAGCAGCAACCCUCUUCCUUUUUCCUCCUUGGAAGUCAUCAGCUGCAUCCGUCCCUUGCGCGAACUGCGGCUCUACAAAAUUGACCUGAGAGAGUUUCCUGUCGUAAUAUGUAAAUCUCUUCACCAUCUUGAGCUGCUCGGGCUGACAGGAAACCUCCUGAGAUCACUGCCCAAAGAAAUAGUGAACCAGACCAAACUGAGGGAGAUCUACCUGAAGCAAAACAAAUUCGAAGUUUUCCCAAAGGAGCUCUGUGUUCUCUACAACCUGGAGGUCAUUGACCUGGAUGAGAAUAGUCUAAAUUUCAUCCCAGAACUUAUUGGCAACCUGACGAGUCUGCAGAAGUUCUACGUGGCUUAUAACAAAAUACUCUUUAUACCCGAGUCUCUGUGCCACUGUAGCAAAAUGUUGGUGCUUGAUUUUUCCCACAACCUCCUCCACUCCAUCCCACACACCCUCUCCGAGCUGACCGUGAUGAGGGAAAUCGGGUUGAGUGGGAACCACAUGGAGAAGGUGCCACAGCUCAUCUGCAAGUGGACCUCGCUGCAGCUACUCUACCUGAGCAACACCGGCUUGCGGGUGCUGCGGCGCUCCUUCAGGCGUCUGGUCAACUUGCGCUUCCUGGAUCUCAGCCAGAACCAUCUGGAAACCUGUCCUUUGCAGAUCUGUGCUCUGAAGAAACUGGAAAUCCUGGUGCUGGAUGAUAAUAAAAUACAGCAGUUACCUUCAGACUUGAGUUUACUUUCAAACCUGAAGAUACUUGGACUAUCAGGAAAUCAGUUCUUUUCUUUUCCGGAGGAAGUCUUUUCUAUAGAGUCUUUGGAGAAAUUAUACCUGGGGCAAGAUCAAGGAGUCAAGCUGACCUAUAUGCCAGAACACAUUAGGAAACUGCAGCACCUUAAAGAGCUUCAUAUAGAGAACAAUCACCUGGAGUACUUGCCCAUAUCCUUGGGUUCCCUGCCUAACCUGGAAGUUCUUGAUUGCCGCCACAAUUUGCUUAAGGAACUUCCACAUGCCAUUUGCCAAGCUCGAGCUUUGGAAGAAUUAUUGCUUGAGGACAACUUGCUCACCCAUCUUCCAGAGAAUUUGGAUAACCUGGUGAAUCUAAAGGUUCUGACAUUAAUGGACAAUCCCAUGGAAGAGCCUCCGAUGGAAGUGUGUGCUGAAGGCAAUGAAGCUGUAUGGAGAUACCUUUGGAUAAAAAGAAAUAAGACAAAAAUGGCAAUAAAGAUUCAGGCUUGGUGGCGUGGAACAAUGGUACGGAGAGGAUAUGGGAGAUUUGAAGAACUACAAAGAAUGCGAAAGAAAGGGAAGACCUCUCCAAAAGAUAAGAAAGGAAAGAAGCCUGCAAAAGGAAAACCUUUAAAGGGAAAUAAGAAAUAAUUCUAUAAAUAAAUGAAUUGAAGUAAUGAACUCUAAUGGAUUUAGACAAAGGCAGAAUAUCUCAGAAUUAGAGGCCUGUGUCACUAAAAUUAAAUCAGAGAAUUAUGGUUAUGUGUAAAAUAAGAUAUUUUUACCUUUACUGAAAUAUUUAUGGAUAAAAUUAUAUGAUGUCUGAGAAUUGCUGAAAAAUAAUAUUGGUGGGCUAAGUGUGGAUACAAAUGAAAAAGGAUUGGCCAUGAAUCGACUGUAGAAACAGUGAUCAGUACAUGGAGUUCAUUAUACUAUUCUGUCUGCUUUUUUUUUUUUUAACUUUCAAUUUGAAAUAAUUAUAGAUUCACAGAAAAGUUCCAAAGAAAUGUACAAGGAGGUCCCAUGCACCUUUCACCCUGCCUCCCCCAAUGUUGACAUCUUGCAAAACUGUAGUACAAUAACAAAACCAAGACAUUGACAUUGGUACAAUCAACAGAGCUUAUUAUACUGCACUCCUGUAUGUAUGUGCAUGUGUGUGUACUUUUAUGCAAUUUUAUCACAUGUAGCUUCAUGUAAACAAUAUCACAAUCAAGAUACAAAACCACAAGUCUCCCUUGUGCUGUUCCUUUGUAGCCACACCUACCACCUACAACCCUACCAGUCCCUGACCCCUGGCAGUCAUUAAUCUGUUUUCCAUCUUUAUAAUUUCAAGAACAUCGUAUAAGUGGAAUCACAUGGUAGGUAGCCUUUAGGGAUUGACUCUUCACCCACUAUAAUUCCCUUGAAGUCCAUCUAGAUUGUUGCAUGUUAUCAAUAUUCAUGCCUUUUUAUUCUGAGGAGUAUUCCAUGGCUCCACAGAUUGUUUAACCAUUCAUCCACUGAGGGAUACUGGGUUAUUUCCAGGUGUGAUCUGUUAUGAAUCAAGUGUUUAUGAACAUUUGUGUAUAGGUCUCUGCAUAGUCACAGGUGUUUGUGAUAUCCAUGGGAAUGCACGCAGAAGUAAAGAAUACCUAUUUUACCCAAAACAUCUUCUUUAGCACCACUCAGAACCUCAUCAAGAUGAUCUUUUAUUGUGGAUUUUAAAUUCUACAUAUCUUUCAAGCAGUGAUUGCAAUACUAAUUAAUGCCAUGAGAUGAAAUCAAAACAGAUUAGACUAAAUUUGAUUAGUGCAUAUCAAAUAGAAAUGUGUGAGAAGAUAUCCUUGCUGUGCAGUGCCCUUCAUGCUCUAAUGAAAGAAAACCGGAAAUUUCAGAAAUUGCUUAGACAACACAAAAACUUUAACUAAUGAACUAAAUAAUUUUAUGUUGUAAAUUCUAUGCAAAAGAAAUGCCCAGGGACAAUAUGUUAACAAUUUGUUUGUUUGCUUUAACAGUAAAAGGCUUUGUUUUAAGAAGAUAUGUUUUUGGUACUAAAUUUUGAAUUUUCUUCCACUUUUUACUAGAAUUUAUGUCAGUGACCAUUAUUUCUGCUCACGGUUUAUAUCUUAGAUAAAAGACAUCAGAACAUAAAAUGUCUCAUCAAUAAACCCUGAAGGGUAUGCUUUCUGAUAAAACUGGAAGUAGACCACAUUGUAAUAUACCUAAUAGUAAUAAAGAUAAUAUGAAACUGUUACACAGCUAGUGCCUUUCACAUUACAACUACACACACACACACCAUUAUAUUUAAAACGUUAAAGGAAAAGAAGCAGAAAAUUCCAGGGCAAGAAAAAAGUGGGUGCAUUACUAGACUCGAAACAUUUUUGGCAUACCUUCUAACUAGUAAAUGAACUGAUUAUACACGCAAAACAAAUGAAAGUCCAUUGAAAAUCACCUUCCUUGUUUCCAAGGUAUGGAAUAAAGACACACUCACAUUAGAUCACUAUAUACAUAUAGUUACAAAGUUCUUGUAGCAUAAGUUAAUAGGCCCAGGAGGUGACACUCAGUUGUUUACCCUGGGGUUCAUUCAUUUUCUUUUCCUCCUUUGGAGAAUGAUUUAUGGCCCAGUAAGACUUGGAAAGCUGGCUUACUGAAAUCCACCAUGGUCAAAGUAAAUGCUGCUUUUGUGGUUGUGGAGGUAGCAUUCCAGUUCUUCCUCCUGGGAAGCUGGGAGAAUCCAUCUUUUCAUGCCUAUUUCAGUGAUCUCAGGAAAUUUGGUCAUGGCACAUAAUAAGUGUCUAAGCCUACUGUCCACACUCUCAAAAAUUUGAUGGCCGAAGGCUGAUAUCCAGGUCAGUUAACUCUUUGAGGAACCACAGAUUUUGGCAGAAGAUGGCCCAUCCCACAUCACGGAUGCUGUCAUUGUAGCUCAGGUCAAGGCUCUGCAGUUUGGCCAGAUGACCUGUCUGUAUUACUGAUGCUGUAAGACAAAAUCAAUUCUACUGUUAUAACUGCAGGGAAUAUUUUCUGCUGUGGCUAUGUUCCACUUCCCAAUAACACCCUGUC